AUGUCCUCAAUACAAACGGCACCCCAACAGGAGGAGCCUCUUGAUCUCAUCAGGUACCAACUAGAUGAAUACGUUCUUGUGAAAUUGAGAGGAGCACGUGAAAUGAAGGGCAGAUUGCAAGGGUUCGACUCUCAUUGCAACAUUGUCUUGAGUGAUGCUGAAGAAACCAUAUACGGUGAAAAAGAGGAUGACACGGUGAAGAGGAAAACUGAGAUGGUGUUUGUAAGAGGCGAUUCGGUGAUCUUGAUAAGCUCUAUCGAGUGA